AUGAGUGUAGCCUCCGCUACGUCGUCGGGGGAGGCAGCAAGUCCCUCGUCCGCUAAAGGCGAAAGCAAGGAGCAAAGUACCACAGUGGCGAUUUUGCGGGCCAUUGUAGGCAUUGGAGUGCUCGGGUGCAUUGGGUGCGGUGUGAUAUUCGGAAGACAAUACCUCAGUUUCUCGUACUUGGCCGACAAUCACCGAAGGCUCGAGGAGUUGGUACUGAAGUUCUGACUUUAUCCUUUUUUGAAACUCUAGAAGACUCGUGUUUUUUCGGACCGCGAACUCACAACCCAGCGUGCUUGUUCUACUCUUCGGGUUCGAUGAUCUGGUUCUGCAAGUCGAAUAAAAGAUCAUAGAAAAUAUGCCAAGCUGUAAUUUUUCCCCGCUCGUCUUCAGGUCGAGGCCAAUUUUUUCGAAGCAGGGUGCGCUUACAUUAGCUGCAUGACCUUCCUGAUUGGGUUGACCAUGCCGGGCGCCACCGUGCUCAGCUUCGCCGGCGGCGUACUCUUUCCCCAGCCCUACGCAGCGGCCUUCGCUUACACCGGGUACGUGCUCGGGGCGAUGCUGAGUUUCUCGCUCGUGACCUUCGUGCUCGCCGACACGUGCCGCAAGCGGUUGGAGCCGUUUUCGAAGUUCCGCGCGUUCCAGAAGAACGUGCGGAAAAACGCGUUGCUGUACCUGGUCUUGGCUCGGUACACGUUCGUGUUUCCCUUCUGGUUCGUUAACAGUUGUAGUGCGGUCCUCGGCGUGUCUUUUAAGACGUUUGUGCUGGCGACAAAUUUGAGCGUCAUACCGGGCAGCAUCGUCUACACCAGUGCGGGACGCAGUUUGGGAAACCUGCUUGCGGCCGGGCAGAGGGAGACCGACCCCAAGGCGUUGCUGUGGAGCGCUUUGUCGGACCCAAAUGUGCAGUGGUGCCUGGGCGGGGUCACGGCGUGCUUGAUGUUCGCGAUAGUGGCGAGCCGCAUGGCCGACUCUGGAGAAGAGCACGACGAGACUGCUGCGGUCGAUACUGCGCAGCAGGGUGCGAGGAAAAGUAGGAAGUCCACAGACAGCACUGCGAAAAAUGCGAACGAAGCGGAAGCAGGAGAAAACAGCAAGAAGACAAAAUGAAAAGAAUACAACUUAAGUUAUGGAUGAACCAAUUACACAGCAGGAGCGCAAAACCGUGUCGCAAAAAUUUUGCCACUUUUACGUCUGCCAAUGACAUGAUUGAUUCCGUC